CCUUUGGUAACAAUGGACAUCGACGCCGGCGCCGACGACUUCUUCGCGGCUCUGAACAACGGCGCGGCCGAAGAUGUGUUCGCGGGUAUCGGUUUUGCCGAAGCAGAGUCGGCUGCAGAAGCUGGCGGUCGCCCCUCGCUAGAUGACGAGCCUCUUGUCAUGGCUGACAAAAGGAAGAAGGUGGAGGCAGCUAAGAGAGCAGCCAGGAAGGAGGCGGCAUUUCGUGCUGCAGCUGCCAGGGCUGCCAGACAGGCUGCUGAGCCAGCGUUGCCAAUGGAAGAGCGCAUCGUAAACCUGUUGGUGCCCGAACUUAAGGUGAACGACGUGAUGCUGUUGAUCCGCAAGAUGAAGCAGGCAGGUAAGUCGGACGCCGACGAGUUCUCGGAAUUGGAUGCGGAGCAGAAGACAGCGCCGCGAUUCCGAUGCGAGACUUGCGGCAACACAGAGCAGAACAAUUUUAUCACCGACUAUGCGCGUGGAGACACAAUCUGUAAUGGCGUGGAUGGAAAUGGAUGCGGUACGGUCGUGCAGGACCACAUCGUACACGAAGGUAGUGCGUACCGUAAAUUUGAAGGCGAAGAGGACAAAUCGCACCACGGUCCUGCGCCCAAUAAGUUGUUCUCGACUGGACACAACUUGCGGACGCUGAUUUCGCAGGACGGCGAGAUGGCUGGAAACUUGAGACGCGCUGCAGAGUUUGUGGAGAUGAACCUUAGCCAGAUGGGCAAGGAUGAGCGAAGGACGCGUAUUGGGUACAAGGACCAGAUGAAACAAAAAGCCUGCCGCUUGAUCGAUCACACGAUGAGCAACUUGGAUCUGCACGAAAUUGUGGGAAGUCGCGCUAAGAAAAUGUUUGCCGAGUUCCGUGACGUCCGUGAGCAUGUGCAUCAAUUUGAUGCUAUGGUGGCUGGCUGCGUGAUCGCAGCGUACAUGGAGACGAGCAAGGAGAUGUAUUCGGCACAGAAUGGAAUUCGUAUCGGUCAAAAUAAGCAGGCGGGUAUCGCCAGUCUAGCGCUGUUGCCGAACAAGGCCGUGGAUGAGAAGAAGCUGCAUCCGUUCACGUGUCCGCUGUGUGAUAUGAAGUUUAAUGCACGUCGCGGUAUGCAGUUCCACAAAUGCGCGGGUAAACCCGAAGAGGACAAAGAGAAGACCUCGGGCGAAAUCAACUUGGCGCCCGUGGUGCUGCCUGAUCAACUCCAGCCUAUCAUUGAGAUGAAGAACGGCAAGAAGUGGUUCAAGUGCCCCGUGUGCUCACGUGUGUACGGGAAGGAAGAGAGCUUAUCAGAGCACAUGGUUCGACACAAGAACCAGAGCAAGAAGCGCAAGCACCACAUAGAGACCAGCACGAUUGACUCGACUCGUCUGACCAAGACGACAAAGUUGGCAUCAGCGAACCCUUCGGUGCAGGUAAACACCCACGAGCAGGUCAUGUUUCGUGGUGAAGGCCGACGGGUGUGGCUUCAGCAUCUCACCGAGGAAUAAUCCAGCUAACUUAGCGCAUCCCAGCCCUCACCCGAGUAGAUUCAGCUGGACAGAAGCUAAAUUACCACACUGCGUUUACCUAGCCAUCAAAAUGGAAAGACUUGUAUUCACUA